CACAAGCCUCAGUAUACGUGCGGUUGUGAGAGGGAUAACAUGUCACUUUAAACACUACAACUUGAGGGGCGUUUAAACUCCAUUUCCUCUCAAUAUCAAAUCAUUGUUGAUGUUUGUGUAGUGAUAACUUGAACCCGUCAUGUGAUAGUGUUGUGAUUAUUUUUUCUGUGAUUUUGGGGAAAUUUAUUUGGAGUUCUGGUGAAAUUUGGACCAAUCAAUUUUCGGGAGAGAAGAUGGAUGUGGAGAAGAAUCAAUAUAAUUUAAAAUGGAACAGCCACACUUUGACAUUUGUGAACCUUCUUGAUCAUUUUAGAAUCAAGGAACUCUACUGCGACGCGACCAUAGCCUGCGAUGGGAAGGUCUACCCUGUACAUAAAGUGGUCCUCUCCGCUUGCAGUAACUUCUUUGCGUCUAUUUUCGCCAGCCCUAACUGUCAGAAUCCCAUCGUGGUGCUACAGGACGUUGGCACGGCUCAGUUGGAGUCUCUCUUGAUGUACAUGUACCGCGGGGAAGUGCGAGUACGUCAGUCCGAGUUACCUACGUUCUUCAAGGUCGCCAAGUCGUUGCAGGUUAAGGGUCUGGCCAUACCAGACCAGGAGAGAUAUGCAUCUCGGGAAUUAAACAACUCUUGGCACGAUAACGUCUGCAACGCUCGAGAUGGGACUAGGGUUUACGACAAGACCCCAGAAUCCUCCGUCCCCCAGAGCUAUCAUUCCCAGUAUAUGCCGGACGUGAGGAACCCACACGUGCACUACCACGACGUGCCGCCCGGGAAUAUGCUGCCGCACGAACACGAAUUUGCCAGACCGUGCGUCAUGGAGCAUCCCAAGAACCAACAGCAACAUGGCGACCCGGCGCUGAAGAGGAGGAAUCACGUGCUGGAGCCCCCGCAAGCCAUAAGACACGAUGGCUUAUAUCCCAUUAGACCAGAAGACAUGGCAAGACCUCACAAGAUGCCCAGACCUAGUGAUAUGGCAAGACCUAAUGACUUGAUGAGGUUGAAGGAGUUCCCAAGGCCUACAAGGAUGAGGCCGAGAGAUAUGGCAAGGCUUGGCGAUAUGACGAGACCUAGUGCAUUCUCAAGACCUAGCGAGCUGUCAAGACACAGUGAGUACGCAAGACCGAGCGAGCUUGCAAGACACGGUGAGUACGCAAGACCGAGCAAGCUGGCAAGACACGGUGAGUACGCAAGACCGAGCGAGCUGGCAAGACACGGUGAGUAUGCAAGACCGAGCGAGCUGGCAAGACCGAGCGAGCUGGCAAGACCGAGCGAUAUGGCAAGAGUUACUAAUAUGGUACAACCCACCGAGUUCCUCAGACCUGAAGAGAGAGCAAGGCAAGAGGAGAGGGCAAGGCAAGAGGAGAGGGCACAACAUGAAGAGAGGGCAAGGCAAGAGGAAAGAGCACAAUUCGAAGAAAGAGCAAGGCAAGAGGAAAGAGUCCGCAAUGAGGAGAGACCAAACCCCAAAGAGAACGACGUGGCCAAACUACGGGACGAAACGACGAGGUACAACGACAUGGACAACGUGCAGCAGUUAUGGCAGCAACGCGACGACGAAGACCAACCCUCACUCCCGACGACGGUUAACCCCGCCCCCACACCGGAGGACAAAUACACCCUAGGGCAGUCUAGCAGCAGUAGUAGCAACCGCGUCUCGACCAAUGACGUACCGGCAGCGGAAGAGAAGUCGACACACACCCCUAGCUAUUUGGUGUCCUCAAGUCAGGGAACCUUUCAAAACUUGGUCACCUCAGAGGAAGAGGAGGAGGAGGAAAUCAGCACGAUCAAAUACGAGCCGCUAGAUUCUCCCGAGCCCUACGACCAGAACUCCCUCUUCAUCUCGGAGGAAGCGGAGGACCCCCACAACAACAACAACAACGACGACGGUAAAUUUACCCUCAAGACGUCCGACGACAACGGGUAUCAUUCGGAGUCGUCGCAGUCUAACAGGGCGUCGACCGAACACCCGCAGCUCGAGACGGAACCCCUUAAGCCGGGCAGCGCGGUCGCGGAGCCGAACGGAACAACACCGGAGUCGUCCACUACCUCACACCUCCGACGCGAGCUCCUGAGGCCGCUACAGCACAAACCCAAACCCCCACCGUCGCAGAACCCUCCCCAGGCUAGUCCGCAAUCCAUCCCUCAUCCGGUGAUAUCCCCCAGAGAGCCGGAACGGAUGAGGAGAGAACUGCCGCCCCUAAUGAAGAUCCCGUCGCAGUUGCCCACGAUGAUCAGUGACUCACCACCAAGGCCGCCCCAAGACGCCCAGAUAGAAGAGCCACAAGAGUCAGGUAGUCACAGCAGUCACCUCCUCGUCAAAGCUCCGCCGACAUACCGCUCGUACGCCGCGCCCACCAAUCAGUUCACCAUACAGAUCCACAACCCACAGCUCGGCGGCCCCGUCAUAGUCAAUGGCAGAUCGCCCAUCCCGGACGCUCCCCCCGGCAACCAGGAGAACUCUCGGUUGAUUUUACCGAAGCCCGAUUCUCCGGUUAAUCUCACGGGCGAGACGAAGGCGCCGGGCGAGGAGGACAAGGACGAACAGGAUCCUUUUUUUGGGAAGAUCCUGACGAGCCGGAAGAAGAGGCUACGCGGACCCAAGUCGUGGGAGUACCUGGUGCGUCUACUGAAGGAUCCCACCACUAAUCCGUUCCUCAUCCGCUGGGAGAACGAGACCUCCGGGGUGUUCCGUCUGGUUCAGCCGUCCGUCAUAGCCCAGAGGUGGGGACAGCGGACGGGCAGACACGCCGGGGAGACGCUCAGCUAUGAGAACUUUGCUCGGGGACUACGCUACCACUACGCCACCGGGGCGCUCCAGCCGGUGUCUGAGAGAAGUUUCGUGUAUCGGUUCGGCCCGAAAGCUCUUAAGGUACUGAAGGAAUGUCACUCGUCUUCCUUCCCAUAUAUAUGAAAUGAGGAAGGUGAUGGUGGUGAAAAUGAUGAUCAAAUGUACAACAGAUGAUAAUGGUGAUGACGGUACUGAUAAUGGUCACAUAUACAACAGCAUUUCUUCUGAUACGUCACAAGAUAGCGUCACCACCACCUAAGCAGCAUUCGCCAAACAGGCAACAAAGAUCUCUUCACCGUAGCUAUCCACAAUAACAAACUCAUAUACACAAACUAUAACAAUUAAUAUGUCUUAAACUAUUGAAGCUAUAUAUCUAUUCCUAUAUUCCAGAUGUAAACACAGACAAAAAAAUAUCUCUACGACUCGAUGGAUGAUGAUGGAUUUUGAAGACUCUGGGGGCAACGAGUCGAGGCGUUCGUUAUGAAAUCCGCCGUUCGAGGUCGAUACUUUUUUGGGUUCGUGUUUGCGUAUUAUUUUAACCGAUAUAUAUUUAUUACAUUACAGUGUAUAGUACUGUAGUAUAUAGCAAAUGAAAAGACAUUGAGAACAAAUGAAUGAGAACCACAAGCGACUCCAUUGUGCAAAAACCUCGCACCUUUUGCCUAGUACCACAGCUCAAGUCAGUCUUCCAGUAAACAAACCAACGCCAAAACAAUGCCUAGUACGGUACCAUACACUACACAAGCACAAAUUACUGUACUGUACGCGUUAAGUGAAAGUAUUGUAUAUUGGUAGAGUAGUACAGUACACUUCACCGGUGUACAACAUUCAGAAUAUAUUUUGGGUACAGUUGUCGGAGGCUGUUGGUUGACAGUUCUCGUGUGAUAUUUCUAUGGAGUGAGAUGAAAUUAUUUUUUGGGGGGGGGGAAUAUUUUUAUAACGUUAUGAAGUUUUCCCAGAUAUGAAUUUUUUUUUUUGUAGAAACUUUAUAGAAUAUUUUUGUAAUGUUAUGGAGACCUCCCAGAUAUGGAACUUUUGUAGAACAUUAUUCAAAUUUAUGAUAACUCCCAGAGACAUGAAAAUCUUUGGGAAUAUUUUACAAACGUUACGAAAACAAAUAUAGAAGCUUCUGGGGAUAAUAUUUUUUGACAAUACGGUACAGUGCCUCCAGAAGUGAAAAUAAACCAUGGAAUUCGGUGGUCAACGCUUGUGUGGGGGGGGGGACAGGGAGGCAUUAAGGUGGGGCACUGAUGAACACGAACGUCCAUAGUGGCAGCAUUACUGUACUUACCCUGAUUGCUGUACAAGCCUCGAGAUUUCUAUUAACUGUUGUGUAUAUAAAGUUUGGUUGUGUGUUUAACCCGAGUUGUUUGGGGAUGUUUAUAUGAGGCUACGAGUGAUUGGCUCGUUAGCAAUUAACCUGACCUUCUGUGAGCAUGAUUCUGUUAUUAGUGGUUCAAAUCCUCUUAACCCCCCCACCCUCUGCCCUCAUGCUGUUAAGACUGCUUCAGACCAACCUCCUUAAACUGGCUCAGAACCCCUUACACUGACCCAGACCCCCAUAAACUAGUCCAACCCCUUUAAACUGACCCCAGAACCCCCUUUACACUGGUGAAAGGUCACGCUCAGAUACAGUCCUCUGGGG